AUGCCUCACUCGCAGCAAGCACCUCGCAGGGAGACCAGGACGGUCAAAUUGAUCGACGAGAAUGACCCGUCUGAGGAAAUCCUUCCGCUCAGCAACCUAGACGCGGCGUAUGUCAAGAUUUACCUCCCCAUAACCUCCACGUACAAGCUUGGCGACAAUGUCGAUAAGGAGGUUGUCGUGUCCAACCUGUGCGAAGGAUUCCGCCGGACAACAAAGGAAUACCGCCACUUGGGCGGCUAUAUUUACGCAGACUCGACAGGGAAAUGCUACGUCAAACGGACCGCAGCCCACGGUACUCUCACUGUCCACAUCAACCAUCUCGAAGAUACCGAAUUCCCCACCUACCAAGAACUGGAAAAGCGGGAGUUUCCCUUUUCCGAGCUCGAUGAAAAGCACCACAUGCCGCCAGAUUACGCCAUAGCUGCCGACCCAAAUCUGGGCAGAGGCUUCCCAGUUGCAAAAAUCCAACUCAACUUCAUCCGCGGCGGACUCAUAAUCGGCACAGCCAUUCACCACCAGUGCGUUGAUAUCAAAGGAUUCGACGUGAUCAUGGAGCGCUGGGCAGCCAACACUCGGUCGUUGUUCACGGGUGAAGUGCCCCCACCAUUCGACCUUGGCUGCCUUGACCCGGCACCCUUCUGCUCCACCACGCCAUUGUCGCCAGACCGCUUCGACGACGUCCAAGCGAAGAUAAAGUCGUUCAAGUUCACCCCGGUGCUCCCGAACACCAAGACUCCGCCCUUUGAGCAGGCCCAUACCAUCUUCCACAUCCCACUGAACCGCCUCUCCCAACUGAAAGCGUCGGCCAAAUGCGAAGCCGGCAAAUGGGUCUCGACAAACGACUGCAUCUCGGCUCUCUUUUGGCGGACCAUGACGCGUGCACGGCUGCCGGACAAGGACGACGACGUGCACUUGCAUCAGACAGUGAACGUCCGGGCUUACAACGACCCGCCUCUGCCCGAGGCCUAUCCCGGCAACACGCUGAGCGUUUCGUGGAUUGAUUCGACCGCAGCGCGUCUGCUGCACGGCAGCACUUUUGGCGAGCUGGCGCAGGAUGUGCGGGCAGCAGUCGUCAAGUGGCGUUCGCCGAGUAUGAUCAAGGAUACCAAGGACUACCUCGCAUCCUUCCCCCUGAAAUGCGUGCGGCCGACUUUCGCUUUCUCAGCGGGUCUCUCUACGACUGUGUCGAGCUGGGGCAUCGUGUCGGCAUACCAGACGCAUGACUUUGGCUUCGGCCCACUGAGUGCGUUGCGUUUUGCGACCGAUACGUUGAACAACCUGUUUAUCAUCUAUCCGAGGAGGCCCAAGGCGGGAGAUGGAAACGAAGGCAUUGAAGUGCAAGUGAUGAUGGAAAAGGACGCAAUAGAAAGGCUGAGGCAGGACCCGGAAUUGCUUGAAUGGGCGGACGUGAGAACGUUCUAA